AUGGCGAGCUCCUUAACCUGGUCGUGUUGCCUGCGUUUUAAAUUCAGCCCGGAAGAGAUCGAGCAGCGUUACAAGAGCCAGGAGAUCGACCGGAUGCUAGAGAAGGACCGGCAAACGUUUCGCCGGCAGGUCAAGCUGCUGCUGCUUGGCGCGGGAGAGAGCGGCAAGUCGACAUUCCUCAAACAGAUGCGGAUCAUUCACGGGAUCAAGUUCGAGCCUGAACUGAUUAAGGAAUACCAACAUGUAAUCUAUCAGAAUAUAAUAAAGGGUAUGAAGGUUCUAGUAGAUGCACGGGAUAAACUAAAUAUUCCUUGGGAGAAUUCUAAGAAUUAUGACAUCGGUUUUCAAUUACUCAAGUUUGAGAAUACUAUGGUGCUGGAUACUAGAUUAUUUCUACAUUAUGUGCCAGCAUUGCAGAGUUUAUGGACGGAUGCAUCGAUUAAAAGAGCGUUCGACAGGAGAAGAGAAUUCCAAUUAAGUGAUUCUGUCCAGUACUUCUUAGAUAAUCUUGAUAGGAUUGCAAGAGUGGAUUAUACACCGACACAUCAGGAUAUUCUACACUGUAGAAAGGCAACAAAAGGAAUUUCUGAAUUUGUAAUACCGAUUAAUAAUAUUCCAUUCCUCUUUGUUGAUGUUGGCGGUCAAAGAUCUCAAAGGCAAAAAUGGUAUCAAUGCUUUGACUGCGUGACAUCUAUACUUUUUCUUGUAUCAUCAUCGGAAUUUGAUCAGGUCUUGUUGGAAGAUAGGAGAACUAACAGAUUGGAAGAAUCUAAGAAUAUAUUUGAUACAAUCGUGAACAACAUGAUAUUUUGUGGUGUGUCUAUAAUUCUGUUUUUAAACAAAACGGAUUUGCUCGAUAAAAAAGUGAGGUCACAGGAUACAAAUAUCCGUUUGUAUUUUCCACAAUUUGCGGGUGAUCCACAUUCCAUGAAGGACGUGCAAAAUUUUAUCCUCGAUAUGUUCGUCUCGGUCAAAAGGGAUCCAAGGAAACCGUUGUUUCAUCAUUUCACCACUGCAGUAGAUACAGAAAAUAUUAAAGUUGUCUUUAAUGCUGUGAAGGAUACUAUUCUGCACCGAAACUUAGAAUCUCUUAUGCUUCAAUAG